AAACUAAUAGGCUGUGGCAUUUUACUCUUAUCGUAUUAAUGCGGAUCAAGCUAUAGACUAUAUAAAUCGUGCCGAAUCGAAUUUGCUUCAAAUAUCCAUUACAUUUUGGAGUAUUUGUUGGCAAGUGAAAAAGAACAAAAAACAUCAAUAAGCCAAAUAUGAGUCUCAGAGAACAGCAUGGCGCUGAAAAACUCAUUGACGAGUACACCCCACCAGAGGUCAUCCAGAAAUACAUGACUGGGGGAGAUAUUGGACACGAUAAAGAAGGUGCAGUCGUCCGAAUUGAGCCAUGGGGCUACUUAGAUAUGAAAGGAAUCAUGUAUUCAUGCAAAAAAUCAGAUUUGGAAAAGAGCAAGCUGCUUCAGUGUGAAAAACAUCUAAAAGACCUGGAAGGUGAAACUGAAAAGCUUGGGAAACCCUGCGCUGGACUGACUGUUGUGUUCGAUAUGCAGAAUGUAGGAUCUAAACACAUGUGGAAACCAGGUUUGGACAUGUACUUAUAUUUAGUCAAAGUGUUGGAAGACAAUUAUCCUGAUAUGAUGAAAAGACUCUUUGUCAUCAAUGCCCCAACACUAUUUCCCGUCUUAUAUAAACUCGUGAAACCGCUUCUCAGUGAAGACAUGAAGAACAAGAUUUUUGUAUUGGGAAAUGACUUUAAAGACACACUGCUGGAAUAUAUUGAAGCGGAGAACCUUCCUGCUUAUUUGGGUGGUACAAAGACCGGUCCUGAUGGAGAUCCCAAAUGUUUAGAUGUGAUUUGCCAUGGUGGUGAAGUACCUAAAGAAUUCUAUUUGGAAAAUACCGAAGACUUCGAAACUAUGGAAACCAUUACUGUUGGAAGUGGUGAUAAGAUUUACAUUGAAUAUGAAAUCGAAAAGGAAGACAGUUUCCUUAAAUGGGAAUACAAAACUGAAGAACACGAUAUCGGAUUUGGAGUUUUUAGAAAGAAUGGUGACGACUGGGAAGAGGUUGUGCCUAUUCAGAGAACUGACUGUUCCAUCAUGACUCUUGAUGGCAGCUACAAAUGCAAAGAUCCCGGAACAUAUGCCCUGUGCUUCGACAAUUCUUUUAGUAUGAUGACUUCAAAGAAUGUCCGUUAUACUGCAGAAGUUAUGAAUCCUGAAAUUGAUGUUUUGAAAGAAGAUCUUGAUAAAAUGAUCAAAGACAGCACUUGGGAUGAACUUUCUGCUCAAAUCAAUUAGAUUAAUAUAUAAAUCUAAACGCACACACUAACAUACAUACAUGCAUACCCAUAUAAACAAAAACCUCGUUGUUAGAUUCAGAGAUAUGUUGAUAGAGAAAUUCAAUUCCAGCAAUGCUCAAAUGAAUAGUAUCAGUAACAACUAGGAGUUGGACAUUAAAAGCAACAUUAACAACGAACUAAUGAGAAGCUAUUUAACGAAAGUCAUAAGAAUUGUCCUGUUCACACGAAUAAAUAUUUGAGUGCAAAUCUUCCUCUAUAGAAUGUUUUAUUGAAAUAUCUAAAGUAAUUUCUAUAACCUUCCGAAAUAUCCUUCUGAAAAAUAGUACAAAACUAUCUAAUGAUAUAUUGAUCUGUAUUUGAAGAUAAAAUUGAUAUUAUGCUUCAGAUAUUUCAGAUUUGUUUCGGCCCGUGGUGGCACAUAUCAACUCUAACUUUAAUCCAUGCCUAUUUUACAUGACAUUUAGAACAUUUUGGAGAACUUAAAGCAAAAUAUCAUGAAUUUAUUUAAAAUACAAAAAUUUCAAUAACGGAAAGAAAUUCCAAUCAUUUGUUGUUGUUUUUUGUUUUUUCUAAUAUUCAAUGGAUCAUUAAAAUUAAUAUAAUAAACUAACACUAUUUUAAUAAUAACGAUAAUAAUAAUAAUUUUUUUCUUUUAUUAGCCACAAGGGUUCACAUACAAAAACAUUAAAUGACAUACAACAACAUAAAAGACAAAAACUGAACGAUACAAUAAUAGUAAGGAUUAUAACGCUAGUGAUCAGUUAUUAGCGACUUCUGAAAAAGUCGACAAAUCUCCUGUUGUUACUAAUACCGAUGUUACUGAUAUCAACUUAUGACAAUUGUUUUAAAUGCUUCCUUUUCGCUAUUAUUCAUUUUUUUAAUGUAUCUUCUAAAUCUUCAUCCUUUCAAAUAAAGAUAGAGCAUAAAUAAA